AUGGGUGAACAGGAAGAUAUAUCACUGCCAAAAGCGACCGUGCAGAAAAUUAUCUCAGAAGUGCUGGAAAGCGACCUGACGUUCAGUAAAGAGGCCAGGGAAAUUAUAAUCGAGUCCGGAAUCGAGUUCAUCAUGAUCCUGUCGUCAAUGGCGUCGGAAAUGGCCGACAAAGAAGCCAAGAAGACGAUUGCGCCGGACCACGUGAUCAAGGCGUUGGAAGAGCUGGAGUACCAUGAGUUCAUCCCGUACCUAGAGCAGAUCCUGGUUGAACAUCGAGAAACACAACGAAUCAAGGAGCGUCGCGAUGCCAAAUUCAAGAAAUCCGGGCUCUCCGAAGAAGAACUGCUUCGACAGCAGGAAGAGCUUUUCCGGCAAUCGCGGACCCGUUUCCAGCAAGUGUCAACGAGUGGUGGCCCAGACGGCGAGCUGGGCGUAUCGGAAGACGCAGCCAGCGAGCGGUCGCUUUCAAACUCGGUGAAAGCCGAGGAAUAG